GCGCCCUGAGCACAUUAACUUCCUGUCAAGAUGGCGGUGAGCAGAGGGUUUGCUGCCCUGUGGAGGACAGGCAGCGUGAAGUCACCGCUGUGCCCUCUGCUGUUCCCGCGUGCCGCCCGAGCACAAAGCUCUGUGAGCGGCGACCUGCUGCCUCGGACCUCGCUGUCCAGGCCUCCGUGGUCGGAACACAGCAGCGUGGUGUCCGCGGAGGAGGAGCGGAGCAGGCACGCCGCCGUCGUGAGCACCGUGAACGAGCGGAUCCAGAGGCAGGACUUCGGCCGACUGUUCGCCGUGGUGCACUUCGCAGGUCGCCAGUGGAAGGUCACUAACGAGGACUUGAUCUUGAUCGAGAACCACGUCGAGGCGGAGUGCGGGGAUCGGAUCUACUUGGAGAAGGUGCUCCUGGUCGGGGCGGAGGACUUCACCCUGGUCGGUAGGCCUCUCCUCGGGAAGGAGCUGACGAGAGUCAAAGCCACCGUGAUCGAAAAGACCGAAUCUUGGCCCAAAGUGCACAUGGUGUUCUGGAAAAGGCACCGCUUCCAGCGCAAGAAGAUUAUUGUGCAGCCGCAAACUGUGCUGAGGAUCAACAGCAUCGAGCUGUACCCCCGGCUGUCAUGAUGCAGGCCGGACCUCUGAGGAGGACCCUGGAUUUACUGCGACCCUGAACCCAACCUGGACUGUUGUGGACAUGGGUGACCUCUCAUCUGUUGGUUCCGUGGGUUUACUCCUGUAAACAAAUGCUAUGCAGGAACAGUUUGUCUGAUACAUUAAAGAUUUGUACCUUCACUCUG